GGGGGAGAAGAUAAACACAUCAGACGGGUGCAGCUCAUGGUGGCGAGCACAGCUGUCAAGAUCGCAACCAUGAUCUACAUAUGGUUCACCGUGGCUUUUUCUGCUGGACUCUUGGAGGCAGCUACUCAGUGUGGCCAGUCUGCCAUUUCUCCGAAAUUCUCGCGGAUUGUGGGUGGUCACGUGGCCGUACCUGGAUCAUGGCCCUGGUUGGUGAUGUUGAAUGAGGUGGGCGAACAAGCUUGUGGCGGAGCUCUCAUACACCCAUACUGGGUGGUCACGGCUUCUCACUGCUUUGAUGAGAAUAUCAGCAGACACGCCUCGCGUUGGGACGCUUACGUGGGUAAGUUUCACAUGAGCAGAAGAGACUCGACGGAACAGAAGGUUCGAGUCCGGCAAAUACUGAUGCAUCCUAGCUACGACAUUGACACCACUGAAAAUGACAUCGCACUUUUACUUCUGGAACAUCCUGUACAGUAUAACACCCACGUGAGCCCUAUCUGCUUACCGGACGGCAGCAAGAACAGACUCAGGCGGGGAGAUGUGUGUGUGGUCGCAGGGUGGGGUGAAACACAUGGUUCAUCUGAUGGGAGCGUUUUGAACCAGGUGCGCCUGCCCUUGCUUGGCGAUGACACGUGCCGACGAUCAGACUGGUACGGUUCCGAUUACUUGCCACAGACAAUGCUGUGCUUUGGGUAUGAGCAUGGGGGACACGAUACCUGCCAGGGCGACAGUGGUGGACCGCUGAUGUGCAAGAUAGAUGGUUCUUAUCACAUGAUGGGUGUGACUAGCUGGGGUGUGGACUGUGCGCGGCCUAAGCAACCAGGGGUUUACACAGACGCCUCUCUCUACACUAACUGGAUAAAAGAGACGAUGGCUCGUCACGGUCACCCAUUUUAAACAGAUUCCCAGGCAGCAACUAAAUGCAAAUAAUGUACGGGCAAUUCAGAUUUGGACAAAGUGGUCGGAAUAAAGUGUAAGGGAUGAUUCAACACCGAAAUCUGAACUGGAUUCAGUCAAUAAUGUGUAUGCCUUACCCAGCAACCAAAAAUACAUACACACUAUAACCCAAGUUGUUGUAUGGAUUUAAAGUUACGUAGACGGUUACAUGAGUUAUUAUCUGGACGAUGUUUUCUUUUGCUAUAGGCAGUUCACUGUAUCGACAUGUAUAUAAGGUACUGGGAAUGCCACAUUAGAGUUAGACGCCAGACUUCCAUAACCGUGCGAGAAAUCAUGUGAACCAAAACUGGCCUGGUCUGCUUUUAAGUGAAGCACACCUGUUUCCUUUAGGUCUGAUUAAUUGCAAUAAUUUGUACAAUAAUCUUCAGUCUAGCCAUAGUAAGACAAUCACGAUCCUACGCAGAUUUCCCAUGAGUGUGCCUGUGCGUGGCAUUGUUUACAGAACUCAGACAAUUGCAUUUUACACGCGAUCGAGUUAGAGUCUUUACGGAGUUCCUACUUCUGAUGCUUCUCAUGAUACUGUAUGCCGUUGGUCAAUACGUGUCAACAUAAAAAAGUCACGACAAAAUAUAGGAUGGCUAAAGCUAUGCCUAUCGUUGUAUAUGCAUGCCGCAGGACCUUUUGAAUAGCCUUAUCCACUUUACUAUUCGUUUAGUGUUUGUGAAUGGGGUGUAUGGCUUAUGUCCAUAAAUCCUCCAUAACGCUCAUAAAGCACAUGGCUUUAUGAGUU